AUGGAGUGGACUACGAUAGAGAGCGAUCCCGGGGUGUUCACCGAACUCGCGCGUGCCAUCGGCGUGCGCGGUGUAGCCUUUGAGGAGCUCUACACGCUCGAAGCUGACGAACUCAAGAGACUCGAACCAAUUUACGGUUUAAUUUUCCUCUUCAAGUAUCGCGGCGACGACGGCGGCGAGGUGUGCGCGAUCGACGCAGAGGCGGAAUCAAAGGGAGUCUUCUUCGCCCGGCAGAUGAUCCAAAACGCGUGCGCGACGCAGGCGGUGCUGAGUGUCCUGUUGAACGCGGACGACAAGUUGGAGCUCGGCGAGACGCUGAGCGCUUUCAAAGAGUUCACAUCCGAAUUCGACGCGGAGACGAAAGGGCUCGCUAUUUCGAAUUCAGAUGUGAUCCGGGAUGCACACAACUCGUUCGCUCGCCCGGAACCAAUCGUGUUGCAAUCCAGACCCGCGAGGGAAGACGACGACGUUUUUCACUUCGUCGGUUACGUGCCGAAGGGGAAGGUGGUGUAUGAACUCGACGGGCUUCGACAAGGACCGAUCAACCAUGGACAUUUCGGAAAUGAAGAUGAUGAUAAAACUUGGUUGGACGUGGCAGUGCCCGCGAUUCAGAGAAGAAUCGCGGCGUAUUCGACGAAUGAGAUCAAGUUUAAUCUCCUGGCGGUUACAAAGGAUCAACGGAUAUCGCUUCGAGAACGAAUAGCAGAGCUCCAAGGAAUCGGCGACAGUAUUGGCGAUAGUCUCGCGAAAGAAAUUACACAACUUAGCUCAGAACUAGCGUAUUUAGAGUCGAAAGCGGAAGACUGGCGGAAUGAAAACAUUCGUCGGAGAUGGAACUACCUGCCGUUCAUCUUUGGCCUCCUACGAGAGGUAGCCGCCAAGAAGCAGCUCAUGUCGGCGUUCGAGAUCGCGAAAAAAAAUCGCGAGAAAGGUGCGUCUGACGGACAAACUCAUUGA